AUGGUGUGGUCGGAGGGUUCUGCAUCUCAGGAUGCAUACCCUUCAUCCUACCUAAAAUACCCUUGGGUAUCUGGGAUCAUAACCAAGCUCCUGAAGCUAGCAAGAACAAGGGUAAAGAUAAAGUUGUUGAGUAACCAGCCAUCAUUACAUUUUAUUAGCGAGGAUUGUCAGGAAAUAGCCGAGACACCAAAGUCUCUUUUAGCAAAAUACAAUAGUCAGUGGAUAUACAAGUCAGUGCCAAGGCACUUCAGUAGCCGAGUGGGCGCAGAAGCCUCAAGACUCAACAGACCCCAAAGACAUAAAACCACCACAAGUCGAUCGUGCUUAAGGCUCCGACUACUAGCAGCGGUGGUCGAGCGACCUAAGAACCUAACCCAAAUAGAACUCAAACCCUCUCAUUCUUCUAAACUUGAAACAAGCCCUAGAGAACCCCUAAUCGCCCAUCGAUGUUUGAUUCUUAUAUUUCCAACGACGACUGCUACUCCGACGAAGGCUCAACGAUUUCUAAGACGAGGAUUAAAUGAUCAUCUUGGUGCUAACUGGGGGCCGACGUGGCUGUUGGGGAUGUUUCAUGGGUUGCUAGGACGAGAGGGACCACAGCUGGAUGACUUGCGCCUUCUUUUGUGGACGAAUGGACUACCAUUUGGUGAGAAGUUCCUCACGUGGGAGAUGAGUAGGUGGCAUAGGGAACUGGCGGCGGAGAGACCUCUGCUGGGGUCGUUGGUGGCUCUUCGAUCGAACGACGCGAGACUUGCUGCGCACGAGCUGGAGCAGAGUUUGAAAAGAAAACCCAAAACGUUAUCUCACCAAUAUCGCUGCUGAGAUCUACGGUAAGCAUCGUGCUGUGCCAAAGGGAUUGAACAUAAAACCCUAGAAUUGCUGGGUUUGUGCACGUGGGGCUUCCUUUACUGAUUUGGGUCAAUUGGAUUUCUAUUGGGCUUUGAAUGUAGAUUAUUAUA